AUGGAGAACUCCACGGACCAAACAGGACCGAUCGAUGUCACUUUAAUUCUUUUUACCAAUAUUCUCUGUGCUAUUGUCGUUAAAACUACCAUUCAAAUUAUUCACAUAACGAUUCCAACACUAUUUAUGGAUUCUCGAAUUAUUCGUGAUUCUAAAGAAACAUUUUCAUGUCAAUUUAGUGUAAAUAUGUUCUAUUCAAUGAAUACGAUGCAUGUCGCUAAUCAUAAGACAGUUUCGAAAAAGUCGAACUUGGAGAUGGAGACCGUUCAGCGUCCAUGUGAUGAUCGAGACCAUCCGACGGAAACAACUAACAUCAUACCAGCAUCCGAUAGAAUCGAAACAAGCCAUCAAAAUGAUGAUAAUAAUAAUGACACAUAUGUAUUGGAAAAUCAGGAAAAAGAACAGAAAAACCUGCGUUCAUGGAUAGAAUUCGGUACAUUCGUCAUCGUUUCUAUGAUUAUCGGCGUAUUAGUAGUGUGUUUUACUAUACGAAAGUCAGAUAGUGCAUGUCAAUGGAACUUUCGAUUAACAAUCAAAAGUUCACUUAUUCACAGUUCACACCCACAUGCACUUGCUGUCGGUGACUUUGAUAAUAAUCAACAAAUUGAUCUGGUUGUGGCCAACUCAGGUACAAACACAAUUGCUGUUUUCCUUCUCGAUACCAAUGCAACUAUCAUCAGUCAACAAACAUAUUCCACAGGUGUACGUUCUCGACCAUGUUCUGUUGCUGUUACUGAUUUCAAUCAAGAUGGUUAUAUUGAUAUUGCUGUGGCGAAUAAUGGAACAAACAACAUUGGAAUAUUCUUUAAUAAUCGAAAUGGAUCAUUUCUCACUCAACAAACUCUCUCCACUGGUUCUUAUCGACCAUCGUUUGUCACUAUUGCUGAUUUUAAUCAUGAUAAUCAUUCGGAUAUUGCGGUUGUCUAUCAUGGAACUGAUAAUAUUGGUAUUCAUCUAGGAAAUGGAAAUGGAGUGUUUCAAAGUGCGACAAUCUACAGUACGGGCUACGAUUCAUUGCCGUGUUCAUUAGCAAUUGGCGAUUUAAAUGAUGAUAAUCAUUUGGACGUUGUCGUAGCAAAUUAUGGUACUAACAAUAUUGGUAUUUUCUUUGGAAAUGCAAAUGGAUCAUUUACAAGUCAACAGAUGUACUCGACUUCAUCGAAUUCUCAUCCAACAUCAGUUGCACUUGCAGAUCUCAAUCAAGAUCGUCGACUAGAUAUUCUUGUGACACAUUAUGCCAUUGGUACUAUUGGAAUGUUUGUCAAUGAAGGAAAUGCGAUUUUUGCAAAACAGAUAAUUCGUACAUUGGAUUCACAGUCUCGUCCACAAGUGAUUACAGUUGGAAAUGUUGAUUUGGAUGAAUAUGUCGAUGUCGUUGUUGUUGAUUCAGAAAAUGAUCGAAUCCAUGUUCUUCGAGGAUAUGGAAAUACAAGUUUUCAUUCAUUGACAACCUAUGAUUCGCAGUGUAGUUCUUUUUACGGCACCAUAUCUAUACCUGCUUUGGAAGCGGAUAUUGUUGUCGAAACGGCCCGUAAUUUUUACAAAGCUUCUGCAACUGAUUUGAACAAACUCAAAGCGAACUGGCGAUCAUUCGAUAUUCCACUAAGUGAAUGUUUCAUUGACCUGCAGACUGAAAAAACGACGUCAUUCGAACGUAAUGCCGCUCGACAAUUACUAACAGGAAAUCGAUUCGCUGCGUUUUUCAGUUCGGUUACCGAACACAAGCAGAAAAAAAUAUGGAUGAACCGCUUGCUUGAUACACCCUACAUGUUAUCAAUAGUGAAUAGUGAUCGAUAUGCACUCAAAGAUGGGUACUACUCGUUAGAUAUCACACAAGUUUUGCGUGAAAAUCGUUGGGUAGUGGCUUUAGGUCAUCCAGGAAGCGGCAAAUCAACAUUGUCACAGUGGGUUGCUUUACAAUUAGCCCAAGGUAUAAUGAAUAAAAAAGAAACGACCGAUUUUGGUCCAGCUCGAAUACCGAUAUUGAUUCGCAUAGCAGAGUUUGCCGAAGCUCUUCGUGAAAACGACACAUUGAGUCUAUUCGAUCAUAUCGGCCAUCACACGUGGUUCGGUAAAUUUUUUCGAUCUGAAGAAUCAACAAGCACUUCAGCUUUAUCACAAUUAGCAGUAGCUUUACAAGAUUAUAUCAGACAAGGUCAAGUAGUGGUCAUUAUCGAUGGUUUGGAUGAGAUUUCGGUAUCCGAUCAGCGUGCUAAGGUUCUUCAUUGUUUGGAAACGUUUAUUCACACUCAUAUCCGGGCACCUUCACUUCGAUCUGUAAUGGAUGAUCCUAAUUUUGCCCGGCACAUCGACAAACCAGCGGAAACUGGUGGUAAUCAAAUACUGAUCACCAGUCGUAUUGUCGGAUACCACGCGGCACCACUUACGGAACAGGUGUCACAUUACAUCAUUCAACCAUUGAGUUCAAAGCUCAUGCAAGCCUUUGUUGACUAUUGGUUUUACCAUAUUCAUGAAAAUAUCCGUUCCAUACUCGCAUCUUCUAACGCCGAAAUUAUACUUGAUGAUAGUGUAUGGCAAGACCAUGCUGAACCAUUGAAGACACAAUUAGAAGAUCGAAAUUCUGAACUGCGAGAGUUAGCGUCGAAUCCUUUUCUUAUGUCAUUAAUCUGUCACAUUGCCUUUGAAUCAAAUGAUGCAGCAUUGCCAACCAAACGUGUUCAAUUAUACGAACGUGCAAUUAAUUCAAUAUUAUCGACAUGGAAUGGGCAUGGAUUAAAUAUUAAUGAAAGUAAGCUUUUGUGGAUUUUAGGCGAUGUUGCCGAAGACAUUCAUAAAAAUUCACCUUCGGGAUUAAUCUCAGAAGAAUCUCUCUUAAGAAGAUGCGCCUCGUCUAUUCAAUCCUACGAAAAUAUAAAGCGACCCACAGAUGACGACAGUGAAAGAUUCAAGAACGAGGCUAUGCGUUUCGUAGAGAUUGUACGUAAUGAUGUUGGCAUUUUGGUUUGUCGCAGUCAGUCGAUGUAUGGAUUUCUUCAUCGAACUCUACAAGAAUAUUUUGCCGGUCUGAAUUUCGUCGACAAGAGAAAAUUGAAAAAGGAAAAUCAAUCGAUGGUGCUUAGUGCAACUCAGGCAAUAGCUCGCUCUCUUUGUCAACAUAUAAGUGACAUUAGGUUUCGAGUUCCCUUAAUUCUUGCUUUCAGUAUGCUUAGCGAACGUGAUGAUUUCGAAGCUUAUUGCGAAGCUUUUUUUACUGAAGCAGCACGUGAACUUGACAAUUUCCUACCAUUAGGGACAUUAUUUUUCGUGCUAUGUGAUAAAGAUUUCAUCAAUUAUCCAUCAAAUGACAUUAUGUUCAAGGCUUUGGAUAAAAUCUUAGUAGCGGCUGGACGCGACAACUGGUACUCUACUUCCGAAACAUUGUUCUCAACAUUCCAGGAUUCGAUUCAAACAUUACCGAAAUCCUGUAUGUCGGAAUGGGUACAUCAUGUUUUAUUAUCCGAAUCACGUCAUUCAUUUGUGAGCACUACUGCACUGUGUAAUUUAAUAAGUGAUCAGUUAUAUUCUGAUAAUAUAUACAAACAUGACAAUGUUCCUGGUGUAGAGCGUGACAAUGACGACGACGAGAAAGAAGAUGAGAAUGAUGAUGAUAAUGAUUUUUCCAGUAGUGAAGCAAGUGUUGAUGAUUUGUUCGACGCAAACAAGUAUACAUGGCUCGAUAAAACAGUUUUCGACAAUCUUUAUCUCAAACUAGAUCUUCAUCAGACACGAAGUGACUUUUCUCUGGACAGACUAUUUGUUCACAUGUCGUUCAUUAAUAGGCAACUGUUACCGACGCCGCCUAAUGGUCUAAAAACUUUCUUCACAGCAGGAAAGCACAAUCAAAGUGAUAUCCACCCGACAAUCCUGGCGUUAAUCAUUGCAUUGUAUGGAGGAUUGGCAAAGUCAAGAAGCGCGAUUCUUUUCAAAACAGAAUGCAUGUAUCAAGAUUGUAAAAUUCUUACUCCUCUUUUGAUUGAGUACUUAGUUGAUACUAAAAGUGAACAACUAACACGCUUAAACCGUCUCCAAAACCAAUGCCACAAAUUACUCUCGACAACAUUGCCUGACGAUGGUUCAGUGAAUGCCGUAAAUUUAAUCAUUGCCGUGCUAUGCCUUUCAGGUAUCGAACACUUCUUAAUCCGCCCUAAUCUUGUCAAAAUCAAAGCUUUCUCGAUGGCUUUGCCGAAAUUGAAAUACAUUUUAUCUACAUUGCAAGAUUUCUAUUCGAACACAUCUUUUGAAUUUGACGCGGAACGAAUAAUAAGUGACACGUUGAAACUAACCAAUCCAAACGUAUCCAAUAGAGAUAAACGUAUGUCGCCGGAAGACUUCCUUCUAAUUACCAAUGCUGUUAUGAAAGCAACAGCUCGUCUGUCUACCAAUGGUAUUUCUUCUUCAGUCGAGGACAAUCCUUAUGACAAUACUCAAGAAGACGAACAUGCCUUUGUUUUUACACUGCCAAAUGAGGUAAGAAGUAAACAAGUCCUUGAAAAUCUUCUUUCGUAUGAUACAACGCUUUCUUCUGGCCAAAAAGCUUGUUCCGUCCUGCCAUAUUUUGUUGGUCUUUUCUGGACAUUAAACAACGAAGACGUUCCUCUUUCUAACCGAAAAGAGAUCGUACAGAGACAUCAAUUAACAUUUCUUCAUAGGCGUUUUAGCAAAGAUUUUAUGUAUGCAUUAACAUUUGUACCAAAGCAUAUCAGGUCCCUAUUCGUUUAUCUUUUACAACGGCAUGAGAUUGUAAUACAAGACAGAGAAGUCUCUUCAACUAAUUUACCAUUUCAAUAUGUUCUAAUUGAAUGCCUCAUGAAAUUAGUGAAUGAUACUGACGAUACGCUACUGGAACAACUAUGCACCUUGCUUCCAUUGCUUCGUGUCUAUAAAUUAGACAACUUUGGCUUCAGCAUCUUAAAAGCAUCUUAUUCAUCACAUCGUGUGAAACAUUUCGAGUACAUACGACAGAGACCACUAGACGAAAAUACUUAUCAAUAUAAAGAUGGACUGGGCUUAGUUCCAGAUGUUCCUAAGGAUUAUCCUGAGAUAGAUAUAGAGGAAGUCUUCAUCAAAAAUUUACAAAAUGAACGUGCACAACUUCAAGCUGCACUACAAAAACUUCGAAGAUCUCCCCAAGAUACACAAGCCAGUAUCCAUUUGUACUCUGCGUGUGUGUCUUUAGCGUAUAUGUCUUCGUGUUCUCAGUUGAUCGAACCGACAAUCUUACUUACUGAAGCCUUAAAUGCUGCGAAUUCAAUAGAGCUUCCACUUCUAAAGCUUGAUGCACUCAGCAUUAUUUUCAUGAAUCUUCAUGUACAAGUAGAUUCCAACCUAAUGGCAAGCCAUCGAUCAUUAAUUCAUCAACAAGCAAGACUACUGAAUGAAAUAACUUCAAAGUUAUCUAUACCAGUACAUACCGCCAUUCUCUUACGAUGUUAUACAGUUUUCAUACGAGCUUCUGAAUUUGAAGUAUCUGUCAGAGACUUACUCAAUAAGAUUACGGCUACGACAAACGGCAGAGUCUAUUCGAGUCAGGAGGCCGUCUACGAAGCGUUACUGAAAAUAUCAUAUUCAAAUGAACUUAUUCAUUCGUACCUAGCCGAUUUGUAUUCGAAGAACGAGAAUAUCUUAAAGCAUGAACCACAAACAUUAUUUCACACACGAUCGUCUAUAUUUUUUCGUUAUUUUACACGUUCUUCGACAUACGGCAAAACUCCGACAGAAAACACUCUUUUAUCUGCUAUGUUUUUAACCGAAUUAGUCAGUGAUUGUCACCGUUUGUUUGCCUGGCGUAACUUGAUUUUCGACGAUAAUUGUCACAACUUACCUCGACCGAAUAGGCCGAACAAACCGAAUUUCGAGAAUAAUGGCACUCUGAUGCACUUUCAAGCUCUAGCAAUCGAUCAAUACCUUAAUGACUGCAUUAAGAAGAAAAGUAUCUCAAUAGAAGUGAUUAAAAACCUCGAUAGAUUUUUGCAUUCCGUUAGCACUGUUGAAUCAACAGCUUGGGGAAUCGUCAAUCAUUGGCUGACAUUCGAGAAUCAUCAACAGCUCAAUGCAAUCGCCGUACAUGCGGCAUUGUUGAGUCUCGAAGCAUAUCUAUGGAAUGAAAAAGCAACUGUUAUUGCAUGCAACCAACUAUGUAGUCGCCAAGAUCGAUUUCGACAACGAGCAGAAGUUCUUUUUAGACGCGACAGCGCGCCAGACACUAGUGAUUUGGGUCUGAACAGUCUUCUUGCUCUUCUCGAUCGUUAUAUAUGGUGUUGUCAUAAUUCAACAUACGCUGAAUCGACAAUAUUUACAAUGCUAUAUCACACAUCGAUCAACAGAGAACAUCACUUACAUAUUGUCCUUCUACUCGAACAAUAUCGUAUAAUUCGAAUGAAUUCGAACGAUAUCAAUAUCGACGAUCAAGAUUUGUAUCGAGCGAUAAAAAUUGCAACAGCAAACAAUUAUUUUAAUGUGUCAUUCUGCUUAGCUCUUUAUCAGCUAUCAAGUUCUUUGUAUAGUCAUAUGAGUGAUAUAAUACGAUCAAAAUUUUCGAUUGUAACUAACCACAGUUCACUGAAGAAAUAUGUCUCGAAAACAGAUUAUGAAUUGUUUGUGGUUAAUGUACUUAUCUCCAUUGGUAUAUGUCUAUAUCACAAUAGAAACGAUGCAGCUAUCGUCACUGAGGCUAUCAUCGAAAUGAUGGGCAAAACAAGUUCGAGCAGAAUUCAACGAGCAGCGAUUUAUGCGAGUGGUUCGACUAAGGACGGCACAGAAUUGCGGUGGGGUAUUCUUCAAUCUUUCGCAGAUUCUAGUAAUAAGAAUACGAAAAUGUAUUCUGAAGAUGUUAUAUGCACGUUGAUUCAAACAUGUUGUUAUCGUAUGUCACGUGACAAUAGCUUUGAAGACGAAGAGAAUAUAAAAGUUUUUCUUCAACUUCUUAAGCAUCAAUCGCCGAACAUCGCUAAAGCUACACGUGAAGGAAUGGGAAGGGCUAUCAAUAGUUCUGAACGUCUUUUAGAACUGUUUCAGUACGAUAAACUUCAAUGCUAUGAAGCGUUGAUUGCUUCCACUGCUCAUAUGUACUUUGGUCAAAAAUCAACUGACCAUCAAUCGCCGAACAUCGCUAAAGCUACACGUGAAGGAAUGGGAAGGGCUAUCAAUAGUUCUGAACGUCUUUUAGAACUGUUUCAGUACGAUAAACUUCAAUGCUAUGAAGCGUUGAUUGCUUCCACUGCUCAUAUGUACUUUGGUCAAAAAUCAACUGACGUGAGAGCAACAGCAGAUCUUAUUCUAAAGCAUCCAGAUUUACUUUCAAUAUUCAUUGCUGAAUUGUAUGAAAGCAUUCGUUAUCUUUUAAAGGAAGGAUCUCGACAUUCUUUUCCGAAGUAUACGUAUGAGUACGAACAUCCUCAUUACUUAUCCGUGUCUUCUGUUCUGAUCGAUAAAAUGCCAUCCGCUUUUUGUAGUUUUAUCGGCGAAUGUGGCUAUGGUGAAGAAUUGAAACGCGCUAUAUAUUGUGCAAGUAAGGUACGGCGUAAUGCACGUCGAAUAACAUAUCUUGUUCUUCUCUCGAUAUUCGGCGAGUUCACUUCUGAGCUAUGUGAAAUGGCUGUAGAAGUUCUUAUCGAUGAUCCGUAUAAAAGUAACAAAUGUUACGAAUGUUUAUGGCGCAUUCAUAGAAUCAAGGAUGAAAAAGCGAUUGACAAGUUAUUUAAGUAUUUCGAAUCACCUUCGAUGAAUGUGCGCUAUGCAGCAUUGAAAGUGUUACUUCAUCUGACAAGCCUGGGACUUAUUCAUAUUGCAGAAACUCAAGAUAUCUUGAUGAAAACGAUGAAUGAUCCCGAGUCGAAUGAGAAUCUUUGGUUGGCAGAAAAUAAUCAGUACUCGAAAUAUGUGCGUUCUUAUGAGAAUGUUGGUCAAUUAAAACAAGUCGUUUACAAUUCACUCGCUAUGCAUCUUCUGGAUGUGCGUCGUGGAGGCGAAGCGUUCGAUUUUAAUAACAAUUUAACUGACGAAGAACAGGCUUUUCGAGCCUCCGAGCUAAAUGCAAGUCAGACGAUUGGCUUAUUCAAAAAGAACGGCUAUUGGGAUUAUGACUAA